GGCCCGGUGGGAAGACCAGGAGCUGAGGGAGGAUGAGGGAAUGCGAAAGGCUACUUUGGGGCUCAAAGACAGGAUGACUUGUGGGGGGACCAGAGUCUGGAAGGGGAGCCCGGCCUGCCCCCUGGCUGGAGGAAGAUCCACGAUGCUGCAGGUACUUACUACUGGCAUGUACCCAGCGGUAGCACCCAGUGGCAGCGCCCAACCUGGGAACUAGGAGAUGCGGAGAACCCAGGCAUGGAAACCGAGGGGAUUUGGGGACUGCGGCCCCCCAAAGGGAGAUCCUUCUCCAGCCUGGAGAGCUCACUGGACCGGAGUAACUCUCUGUCCUGGUAUGGUGAAGAAUCCUACAUCCAGAGCAUGGAGCCAGGGGCUAAGUGCUUUGCAGUUCGCUCUCUGGGCUGGGUAGAAGUACCUGAAGAGGACCUGGCACCGGGGAAGAGCAGUAUUGCAGUCAAUAACUGCAUCCAGCAGCUGGCCCAGACCCGCAGCCAGAGCCAGCCCCCAGAUGGUGCCUGGGGUGAGGGCCAGAACAUGCUGAUGAUCCUGAAGAAGGAUGCCAUGAGCCUGGUGAAUCCCCUGGACCACAGUCUGAUCCACUGCCAGCCUCUGGUGCACAUCCGUGUGUGGGGCGUGGGGAGCUCCAAGGGUCGUGACAGCCCCAUCUCUGCCCCUGCUAGGGACUUCGCUUUUGUGGCAAGUGACAAAGACAGCUGUAUGCUCAAGUGCCAUGUAUUUCGCUGUGAUGUUCCUGCCAAGGCCAUUGCCAGUGUCCUACAUGGGCUUUGUGCCCAGAUCUUGUCAGAGCGAGUAGGGGUCAGUGGUGAUGCCUCUUGCUGCUCCCCAGAUCCUAUCUCCCCUGAAGACCUGCCACGACAAGUGGAGUUGCUGGAUGCGGUGAGCCAGGCUGCUCAGAAGUAUGAGGCACUGUACAUGGGGACACUGCCAGUCACCAAAGCCAUGGGCAUGGAUGUGCUGAACGAGGCCAUUGGUGCCCUCACUGCCAGGGGGGACCGGAAUGCCUGGGUCCCCACCACGCUCAGUGUGUCUGACUCUCUCAUGACUGCAUACCCCGUUCAGGCAGAGGCCAGUACAGAGGAGGAGCCAUUGUGGCAGUGCCCUGUGCGCCUUGUGACAUUUAUUGGUGUUGGCCGCGACCCACACACCUUUGGCCUCAUCGCUGACCUGGGCCGUCAGAGCUUCCAGUGCGCAGCCUUCUGGUGCCAGCCCCAUGCAGGGGGACUCUCCGAAGCUGUGCAGGCUGCCUGUAUGGUUCAGUACCAGAAGUGUCUUGUGGCCUCUGCAGCUCGAGGCAAGGCCUGGGGUGCCCAGGCCCGUGCCCGCCUGCGGCUCAAGCGGACCAGCUCCAUGGAUUCCCCAGGAGGACCUCUGCCCCUCCCGCUGCUCAAAGGAGGGGUUGGCAGUGCAGGGGCAACCCCUCGAAAGCGGGGUGUCUUCUCUUUCCUUGAUGCCUUCCGGCUGAAACCCUCUCUGCUCCAUAUGCCCUAAACUUACCUGGGAAGGCUGGGGAAGGAGGCUCUGGGUCCAUGCCUAACACUGUACCCCGUUAUUCCCCAAGGCCUAUAGCCUGUCACCCCUUGGAGCCUUCUCUGCCUGUCCCUCUGAUCCUUGUCCACCGUCUAUUUAUUGCCCGAUUUAUUGUUUAUAUGGAUGACUGGGAGGCAUUGCCCCACAACCUAGGACCCUGGCUCCCCUUUCCUUGGAUCCUUGUGUUCCUUGCCCGUCCAACCCUGGACAAUUGGCUCUACCUCAGUAACACUUUAUAGCAAAAUCAGUGCAAAUAAAAAUCCCUCAGUGAC